GUCUCGCUCAAACACUCUGGAUCUUUGUUCAUGUAUGCGGGCCAUGAGGGCGGUGCAUAUGCAAAGAAUAGCUUUGGAAACAUUUGGUGUCUUUGUUUUGGGACGCAUGUUUCGUGAAGCGUGGGGCAAGGAGGCAUCCAGGAUGCAAGCAGAGUUUAAUGAUUUUCUUGAGAAAAGUCGCAUAUGUAUCUCGAUGGAGCUGGUCACUGCUGUUUUGGGGGAUCACGGACAACGACCCAAAGAUGAUUAUGUUGUUGUGACAGCUGUAACAGAUCUGGGCAACGGGAAGCCAAAGUUUUACUCUACACCUGAGUUAAUUGCGUUUUGUAGGAAAUGGCGCCUUCCGACAAACCAUGUCUGGUUGUUCUCAACAAGGAAAUCUGUCACUUCAUUUUUUGCUGCCUAUGAUGCAUUAUGUGAAGAAGGAACAGCAACACCUGUAUGUAAAGCUCUUGAUGAAGUAGCAGACAUAUCUGUACCUGGAUCAAAAGAUCACGUAAAGGUUCAGGGUGAGAUAUUGGAAGGUUUGGUUGCUCGUAUAGUGAGCCGUGAUAGCUCAGUGCACAUGGAAAAAGCCUUGAAAGAUUUCCCUCCACCACCAUUAGAUGGAAUUGAUCUUGAUUUGGGACCAAGUUUGCGUGAAGUUUGUGCUGCUAACAGGUCUGAUGAAAAGCAGCAAAUGAAAGCACUUCUUGACAAUGUUGGGACUUCUAUGUGCCCUGACCACUCUGAUUGGUUUGGGAUUGGCGAUUUUGGUGCUCAUUCUCGGAAUGCUGAUAGGUCUGUCCUUACUAAAUUUUUGCAAGCUCAUCCCACAGAUUAUGCAACCAUGAAACUGCAGGAGUUAAUACGUCUGAUGAGACAGAGACAUUUCCCUGCUGCUUUUAAGUGUUACUGUAACUUCCACAAAAUUGACUCUUUGUCAAAAGACAAUUUGUACUAUAAGAUGGUUAUACAUGUCCAUAGUGAUUCUGUUUUUCGUCGAUACCAGCAAGAGAUGAGGAGAAACCGUGGAUUAUGGCCGUUGUACAGGGGUUUCUUCAUCGACAUAAACUUGUUUAAGGUGACCAAAGAGAAGGCUGCUGAACUUGCCAAAGACAGUAAUUCUAUGCUUAAGAAUAUAAAUGGUGCCACUGAGUCUGAUUCCUUAUCAACAAAUGGUCUAGCUGAUGAGGAUGCAAAUCUGAUGGUCAAGUUAAAAUUUCUGACAUACAAGUUACGGACAUUUUUGAUUCGAAAUGGUUUGUCCAUACUUUUCAAGGAUGGCCCAUCAGCCUAUAAGACUUAUUACCUCAGGCAAAUGAAGAACUGGGGAACAUCAGCUAAUAAGCAGAGAGAACUUAGCAAAAUGUUGGACGAGUGGGCUGUCUAUAUUCGGAGAAAAUACGGAAGUAAGCAGCUUUCCUCAUCAACAUAUCUUAGUGAAGCUGAGCCUUUUCUUGAGCAGUAUGCCAAGCGCAGCCCUGAGAACCAGGCUUUGGUAGGAGCUGCUGGUAGCUUAGUUAGGGCAGAAAACUUUUUGGCCAUAAUUGAUAGAGAUGAGGAGGGCGAUCUUUGUCCUGAGGAGGUAGCACCUAUUAGUCCUGCUUCUGCAACCACUGAUGUGGUUCCCAAAAGUGAAGGCCUUAUUGUAUUCUUUCCUGGCAUACCUGGUUGUGCCAAGUCAGCACUUUGCAAAGAAAUACUGAGCACUCCUGGCGGCCUUGGUGAUAAUCGCCCUGUGCAUAGUCUCAUGGGAGAUCUUAUCAAAGGAAGAUAUUGGCAAAAAGUUGCUGAUGAGCGGAAAAAGAAACCAUGUGCUAUAACACUUGCUGAUAAAAAUGCACCAAACGAAGAAGUGUGGAGACAGAUUGAGGAUAUGUGCCGAAGCACUAAGGCCUCUGCUGUUCCUGUUGUUCCUGAAUCUGAAGGAACUGAUUCAAAUCCAUUUUCUCUUGAUGCGCUGGCUGUUUUUAUGUUUCGUGUACUUCAGCGGGUUAAUCAUCCGGGAAAUUUGGAUAAAGCAUCUCCAAAUGCUGGUUAUGUUCUGUUAAUGUUUUAUCACCUAUAUGACGGCAAGAGUCGUAGAGAAUUCGAGAGUGAAUUAUAUGAACGUUUCGGCUCACUAGUCAAGAUGCCUUUGCUCAAGGCUGACAGGGAGCCGUUGCCUGAGCCUGUGAAGUCUAUUCUUGAGGAAGGGAUUAGUUUGUUCAGGCUUCACCAGAACAGGCAUGGAAGAUUGGAACCGUCAAAAGGAUCAUAUGCAAAAGAAUGGGCUCGAUGGGAAAAGAGGCUGCGGGAGGUCCUGUUUGGAAAUGCAGAUUACCUCAAUUCAAUUCAGUUAGCCAAGGAGGAUGCUAAAGUCAAAGUUUUUCUCGAAGAUAAGAACAUGGAGAACAAUCUCAAGAAAGCUCAUGUUACUCUGGCCCACAAAAGAAGCCAUGGCGUUACAGCUGUUGCAAGCUACGGCGUCUAUCUUGAGCAGAAGGUCCCAGUUGAUUUUACCGCAUUCCUCUUCUCAGACAAGUUGGCUGCACUUGAAGCACGGCUUGGGUCGGUAAAUGGGGAUAAGAUAGACUCUAAGAAUGAGUGGCCCCAUGUGACCAUCUGGACAGCCCCAGGCGUACCAGCAAAGGAGGCCAACACAUUGCCCCAGUUGGUUUCCAAAGGCAAAGCGACAAGGCUUGUUAUCGAUCCUCCAGUCACCAUAUCAGGUGUCUUGGACUUCUAUUGAUUUCCAAACUUGAAAUUUAUUGGAGUGAGAGUAGAAACUAAUUUAUGAAACCAAUUUUGUAAUGAUAGAGUGAGUGGAAGUCCCUCAAACCUCCGUUGGUAAUUUUUUUUCCCCCCUUAUGUAAAAUUUGAGCUGAGAUUCUUGUGACCUGAGUUCUACGAGGAAUUUUGUUUCGGAAUCAGAGAAUUUUUGAAAGUACUUGCAGGAAGAUACAUGAUUAUGCUUUCUUCUUUCUCUAA